AUGCGUAAGAAGUAUAUAAUUGCCGGCUUACAGUUAGUAUUUGAUGAAUUCCUUAGCCUCUGCAGUUAUGGGUGCGUUAUGGCCCGCUUAGAUACACCGGCAUUUCUCUUACGCUGGAGCGAAGAUGGCCGGACAGUCUAUUACGGUGACUCCUUCUAG